UUCCGGUGACGAGUGAACCCUGCGCCUUCUAUUUGCAACUUUUGCUGUGUAAUCUGACCAAGCGAGGCUAGAACGCGUCUUUUCUAUUUAAUACUCGCUAUUAAUCUAGCUCUUCUAAUACAGAAUGGAAUAUUUAAUCGGUAUACAGGGACCGGAUUAUGUCGUCGUCGCUGCCGACAAUGUCGCAGUCAACAGCAUCGUUCAAUUGAAACAAGACGAUGACAAAAUGUUCAAACUAAGCGAGAAGAUCUUGCUGCUGUGUGUGGGAGAGGCAGGAGACACGGUACAGUUUGCAGAGUACAUCCAGAAGAAUGUUCAGCUCUACAAAAUGAGAAACGGCUAUGAACUCAGCCCAGCAGCCGCAGCAAACUUCACGAGAAAGAACCUCGCAGAGUACCUUCGAAGCAGGACACCAUAUCAAGUCAACUUGUUGCUGGCGGGCUUCGACGACGCAGACGGCCCAGGUCUCUACUACAUGGACUACCUGUCCUCGCUGGCCAAGGCCCCGUUCGCCGCCCACGGCUAUGGAGCCUUCCUCACUCUGUCCAUCCUUGACCGCUACUACAGACCCGAUCUGACCAGAGAUGAAGCAGUGGAUAUCUUGAAGAAGUGCAUUGAAGAACUGAACAAGCGUUUCAUCCUGAACCUUCCCUCCUUCACUGUCCGUUUGAUUGACAAGGAUGGCAUCCAUGACCUGGAGAAGCUUUCUCCCACCAAGUGACCGUUCCCUGCUUAGCUACCAGCAAUCACAACCUUUUUUUUCUACCACUGACCUCCUUGUUCUUUCUGUUCAAAUAAAAAGUGACGCGCAGUUGAGAUAUA